UUUCGGUUUGACAAAUUCUUCUCUUAUAAAUAUUCUCCAAAUUCUGAACUUCUUUGUCAAACUUUCGGUCUUGGUCUUCAUUCUUCAUUCUGGGUUCAAUUUCUAGACUCAGAAUCGAAGAAUUCUUUGCAGGGGGUGUUGCAGAUUUGAGCGGGGAGUCUUCUUUUCGUUGUUGGAUUUUUGAGGUCGAAGAAUAUGGCUGAUGUUGGUCAGAACAAUACCGGUGAUUUUCCUGCUGUUCCUACCCAUGGCGGUCAAUAUGUGCAGUACAAUAUCUUCCGGAAUCCGUUUGAAAUCACCUCCAAAUAUCGUCCGCCUAUCAUGCCUAUAGGUCGCGGCGCCUACGGAAUCGUUUGUUCGGUUUUGAAUUCAGAGACCAACGAGAUGGUUGCGGUUAAGAAGAUUGCCAACGCGUUUGAUAAUCAUAUGGAUGCGAAGCGGACGCUCCGUGAGAUCAAGCUUCUCCGGCAUUUGGAUCACGAAAAUGUAAUAGGCAUUAGAGAUGUGAUUCCUCCACCUCUGCGGAGAGAAUUCAGUGAUGUCUACAUUUCCACUGAACUAAUGGACACCGAUCUUCACCAAAUAAUCCGCUCGAACCAAACUUUAUCAGAAGAGCAUUGUCAGUAUUUCCUUUAUCAGAUUCUCCGAGGACUUAAAUACAUACAUUCUGCAAAUGUCAUUCAUCGGGACUUGAAACCGAGCAAUCUACUGCUUAAUGCGAACUGUGAUCUUAAAAUUUGCGACUUUGGUCUUGCUCGUCCAACUUCAGAAAAUGAAAGCAUGACAGAAUAUGUUGUUACCAGAUGGUAUAGGGCACCUGAGUUACUGUUGAACUCUGAUUAUACAGCUGCUAUUGAUAUAUGGUCUGUUGGUUGCAUCUAUUUGGAGCUUAUGAACAGAAGGCCUCUAUUUCCAGGCAGGGAUCAUGUGCAUCAGAUGCGUUUACUGACUGAGCUUCUUGGCACACCAACCGAAUCGGAUCUUGGUUUUAUUCGAAACGAAGACUCGAAAAGAUAUCUUCGGCAGCUACCUCCACAUCCUCGUCAGCCAUUAGCAACAGUUUUCCCUCAUGUUCAUCCUUUGGCAAUUGAUCUUGUGGAUAAAAUGUUGACGUUUGAUCCAACCAGGAGAAUUACUGUUGAAGAAGCGUUGGCACAUCCAUACCUAGAGAGAUUGCACGACGUAGCCGAUGAGCCAGUUUGCCCCGAGCCAUUCUCGUUCGAGUUUGAGCAACAAUACUUGGAUGAAGAGCAGAUGAAGGAGAUGAUUUACAGAGAAGCAUUGGCACUCAAUCCAGAAUUUGCAUGACCAUAAAUGUACAUGUCGCCUUCCUGAGCAACUGCAGCGACUUUGCAAAUAUUUUGAAUAACACGCAACAAAAGGAUCAGGUUGGUAUACGAAAACGAAACCACAUUAAUUAAGCUUAGGAUAUGUUUGAGAGUGAUUUUGGAAUGACCCAAACCACUUUCAUCAUGUCCAAAAUCACUCCUAAACAUGUGUUAAAUUAGCUAACUUAUCUGUUUCAUUCAUCACUAUCACUAUCACUAUCCAUCCGUCCCUUCAAGAAAAGUCAGUAAGAGUUACCUUUUUUUUACUUCCACGGAAAUUGUUAGUUUAUUUUUUUUGCUCCACGUUUGAUCGUUUGAGUUGUGCUUAUGUUGUUUUCUUAGUAUUUAUUUGUGUUUGUAACGUCGAAUCUGUAUUUAAAUGUAAACUCAAUUAAUCAAAGUUCUAUUUAUAAUGUAUUCUCAUUGCCAGCAUUUUAAG